AUGACACCUUUUGUCAUAAUAAAGAAGUGCGAAGUCGAACGUCUUCACCAGAGACUGAAUGACGUCUUCCCAGCCAUACAGUUUACCCGCGAGGAGGCAAUUGGAGACAGCUUGCCGUUUCUGGACGUGAGGAUACAGAAGUUGAGCGAUGGUAGCCUGGCAACAAGCGUCCAUAGGAAAGACUCUAACUCUGAGAUUAUCCUCAACUAUGGAAGCAACCACCCCGCAGCUCACAAAAGAAGCUGCGUCCGAACUCUGUUUAGCCGAGCCCACCGUUACUGUAACAGCAACGAUCUCCUGAACAAAGAGCUUGCUCACCUGUAUCAGUUAUUCCGCUCUAACGGAUAUCCGAUCAGUUUUGUAAAGAACUGUCUCAGGCACCAGACACAGUCGCAAGACCCCACCCCCAACGGAGAGAUUGUGACGCGAAAAUUCUACUCCUUGCCAUAUAUGCGUGGAACUUCCGAAAUAAUCGCCCGGCAGUUCAGCCGCUUGGGUAUUCACGUUGCCCACAAACCGGCAUUUUCACUACGCGCAGCACUAGCUCGAGGGAAGGAUCCCAUCCCCAAAGAGCAACAAACGAAUGUAAUUUAUCGCAUCCCGUGUGCCAAUUGUUCUUGCGUGUAUGUUGGCCAUACAGAUCGAUGUCUGGGCACCCGUAUCAACGAACACAAACUAGCUAUCCGUCGGCGAGACCCCCUGUCCCUCGUCUUUGCCCAUGCACUCGCGUACGACAACCGAUUCAAUUGGGGUAGCACUGAGGUCGUCGCCAUGGCUAACACAAAGCGAGCGAGGGAAUUUCUCGAGGCUUGGUACUCCAAUGCAGGUAGUAUCAAGCGCCACGUUGACGUAGAUGCCCAUUACGAGGGUUUACGUUCACGAAUGACUGCCCCCUGCCCUAAUCACGCAUCAACGACCGCGAAUACAGCCGCCGCAUUCCAACUGCUUCACCACCCGCCCUCCCCCUCCAGCACGGUGUGCCGUAAUUGUUCCGCCUCCUCUCCCUUCCCCGCCCCUCACUCAGUGACCUACCAUGACCUCGGGAGCCCACCCCCACUCACACUUCAGUGGUCUGUUCUGUCCUAUCACACUAACUGGUCUACUGUGACAACAUAA